AUGUCUUCUAUCCAGGAACUCAGCCAGAGGAUCGCAACAAACUCGGCUUUGGUAGAGAAAUGGCUUGCCAGCAAGAACGCCAAGAUGCCCUCUUUCAAGCAGGAUGCAGAUGAUGAGUUCCCUGAUACCGAUGGAUACCCCGAAGUUGAGGCAGCCCGGAUGGCGGUGAUUGAUGACACAAGCGCACUUCACGACUUACUUCUGGGUCCACGGGAGGUUCUAGCUCGAGUCUGGGGUGCUGUAAAUAACGGUGCCCAACAAGUCAUCUCCCGGUUUAAAAUACUGCAGGCGAUCCCCCUAGAUGGUGGCGCCACCUACGCCGAGAUAUCCGCAAAAGUUGGGUUGAAUGAGCGGAAACUGAAGACGGUGGUGCGCAAAGCUAUCGUUAAUCGCAUGCUACGGGAGGAUGUUCCCGACCACGUGGUGCAUACGGCCUCUUCGGCCUUGCUACUACGCGAGCAGUACAUGAUGCACUACUACGGAUUUUUCGUUGAGCAGAUGUUUCCUGCCAGCGCGAAACUUGCCGAUGCGCUCGAGAAGUAUCAGCAUAGCACAGCGGCACAGGAUACCGCCUUCGGCCUUGCGUUCAACACAGAUGAGACAUUGUUCAAGUACCUUGAGAAUCGCCCCGAAUUAAUGGCUCGGUUCGUGGGUGCGAUGGAGGGUGUGAAUAGAGAUCCCAGCCAAAGCCAGAAACACGUCAUAACGGGAUAUUCAUGGGCAGAACUCGGAGAGGCUACAGUAGUCGAUGUCGGCGGCUCCUCCGGCUUCAUGAGUGUUGAGCUUGCAAAGCACUAUCCGAAGAUAAAGUUCGUCGUACAAGACUACAAGAACAACGUCGAGGAAGGUGCUGCCAAACUUCCGUCCGAAUUGACCGAUCAAGUCAAGUUCUUGCCUCACAAUUUCUUUGAUCCCCAACCAGUGGUGGGUGCAGAAGUCUACAUUUUGCGCCACAUUUGUCACGACUGGUCGGCCGAGAACAGUGAGAAGAUCCUUCGUCAGAUUGUACCUGCUAUGAAACCGGAGAGCAAGAUUCUGCUUGUGGAGAUCGUCGUUUCGCCAACAGAAAAGCCCAUGUCUAGUAUUGCAGAGCGAUAUCUACGAAUUAGAGAUCUGAACAUGGUCCAAAUGUUGAACGCGCAGGAGCGCAGUGAGUCGGAUUGGAGGGAUAUUGUUAGUGCGGCAGACUCACGGCUCGAGCUGACACGAAUCAUUACACCUCAUGGCAGUACUGACUCGAUCAUCGAGAUAUCGUUGCGUCAGAGUUAAGACAAUUUUGCACCAACAAGUGUUUCAUUAUUGGGCUCUCAAAGUGGAGUAACACCUACCAUAUUCAGGCGCUACAGCGAUGGAGCUUCGAUAGGCUACAGUAUAAGCU